AUGGCAGUGAACACGACAGUGAACAUGACAGAAUAUGUGAACGCCUCCGUCCCUUCAACAACAUCUUCGCCAUUGGGGGUGGCAAAUGUAUCCGAGAUGACUGCCUUAUUCGUGACUAAUGGGACCAACGACGAUAACGGAACCGGUGUCAUAUGGUUGGCGAAUUAUUGGUCCAGUUUUGUAGAAAGACCAACAUCUCAACAAUCUACGUCAGCUGGUGUCUGGAUUCGUCUUGUCGGCCUACCACCUGUCAUGCUCCUUGGAAUUGUUGGAAACAUUCUGGCUAUAUUGGUCAUGUCCCGGCCGGCGAUGAGACGCCAUUCUUUCAGCUCCUACCUGUUGCUGUUGGGAGUCUGUGAUACCAUAUCUCUCCUCGUCCGGUUACUCUUCUGGGUCAACUUAUUUCUGGAGUUUCAAGGGUCGCCUGUGCUCAUCACUUUCACAAACCUCCCCGCCUGCAUCAUCAGUGAAUAUUUCAUCACCGUCAACACUGUCGUCUGCUCCUGGGCUGUCGUCUGCAUCACAUACGAGCGGGUAAUUAUAGUGAUCUUUCCUUUGACUGGUACCAAGUUGUGCAAGCCAUUUAUCUCCCGCAGGGUCGUCGUCCUGCUCAUCCUGUUCCCCCUCCUGUUGAUGUCCUACAUUCCCUUCAACACGAAGUACCUACCAAACCUUGGUUGCGUCAUGCGCUACAUUCCAGACAUGAUGAUCCAUUACGUCAUGGCCACGACGUUCGUAACCAUGCUCCCCCUAGCUCUCAUCCUCUUUGGAAAUGCUGUCAUAAUAAUACAACUAAAACGUCAAAACAAAGCAAUAACCGGAACCGGAAACCGCGAAGACAAAGUCAGCCGGGUAACUACCAUGUUGGUGACGGUGUCCUUGACCUUCUUCAUUCUUGUUUUGCCGAACGCGCUGAUGGCGUUGUUGCUCGCCCUCCGGUCUGAUUGGGGUUUUCUCCGUGUAGCUGUGGAUCCUGCCGCCUUCCUUUGGGAUCUCAACUUCGCCAUUAACUUCUACCUUUACGUCAUCACCGGUGACAACGUGAGAACCGAGGCGAGGGAGAUGUUCUCAUGCAUUAAGGCAAUGUCUAACACUGGAACUACACCUGCGCUACAGCGAGACGGUACCGUGGCACGAAAGUAA